AUGUUGCCUAAAAAGUAUAAGUACUUAUCUAGAAGUGAGAAAAGGAAAAAAAGGAAGUUAGUUGAACAAUUGAAACAAUCACAAAAAGGAGCCAUGGAUAAGUUUGUAAAAACUGUAGGUUCUUCUAAUCAAGAGUUAGAUGCCUCAAAUGAACAAGAUGUUGAACAUCCAAAUAUGAGUGAAGAUAAUGAAAAGAUUGAUGGUGUGAGUGAACAUGAGAUCCCCAAUAAUAAUGAAAAUUUAUCCGUUGAUGAACAAUCAAUUCCGUUUUUCGAUAUUUGUGAUCCAAGAAAUUGGGAUAAUCUCGAUACUAAAUCAAGAGACAUCAUAGUUGAAAAAGGACCUAAUAGAGAAUUGGGUAUCGUGUUUCCUUUAGAUAACAUGUCUAGACAUUUUUCAUAUGCUUAUUAUGAUAGAAAGUUAAGYAAUGGUGAAACUAGUGAUCGAAAAUGGUUACUUUAUUCAMAAUAUGAGGAUAARGUGUAUUGUUUUUGUUGUAAGUUGUUCAAGUCUAAKAAUUAUAGAAAUGCAAUAGCUAAUGAAGGAUUUAGAGAUUGGAAGCAUCUUGGUGAGAGACUUAAAGAACAUGAGAAUAGUAUUGAACAUAUGAAGAACAUGUUAUCUUGGAAUGAACUAAGAGUAAGAUUUAACACAAACCAAACAAUCGAUAAAGACUUGCAACAAGUGAUUUUAAAAGAGAAAGAACGUUGGAGGCAAGUUUUAGUAAGAAUAAUUAUUGUUGUGAAGUGUCUUGCUAAGUAUUCUUUGCCUUUUAGAGGAUCAAAUGAGAAGUUGUAUCAACGUAGCAAUGGUAAUUUUUUGGGGUUAAUUGAAAUGAUUGGAGAAUUUGAUGUGAUAAUUCAAGAUCAUAUUAGACGCAUUCAAAAUCAUGAAGUUUAUUAUCAUUAUCUUGGCCCUAGAAUUCAAAAUGAGUUAAUUUCUCUUUUGGCUCAUAAUGUUAAAAGUUCUAUCAUGAAAAUUAUUAGAGAUGCUAAAUUUUUUUCUGUAAUUCUUGAUUAUACACCGGAUGUGAGCCAUCAAGAGCAAAUGAGUUUAAUCAGACGAUGCGUGAAUAUGUCCGGUGAUAAAAUAAAAGUAGAGGAGUAUUUUAUAGAGUUUUUAAAGGUUGAUGAUACAUUUGGUUUAGAGUUAUUCAAUGAAUUAUUAGAUGUACUUAAAUCUCUCGAUCUUAGUGUUGAUGAUGUGAGGGGUCAAGGUGACUUUGCCAAACAAAUCAAUGACGCAGUUGAAAUUCUUGAGUUUGUCAAUGUUGUAGAUUGUUAUCCUAAUGUUUCGGUUGCUUAUCGAAUUACGUUGACAGUACCUGUGACCGUAGCAUCUGCAGAAAGGAGUUUUUCAAAAUUGAAGUUAUUGAAGACGUACUUGAGGUCAUCAAUGUCACAAGAAAGGUUGAAUGGAUUGGCAAUAUUGUUCAUUGAAAAAGACAUGCUUGAUAAUAUUGAUUUAGAUGCUAAUAUUGAUGAUUUUGCAUCCAAAAAUGCUCGAAGAAAUUGUUUUGUAUGA